AUGAAAAUUAAUAAAGUGCUAAUAAUCCUUAAAACUAAAAAUUAAAAAUCAGAUGAUUAAUUUAACUAUAUUGAAGAUUAUAUUUUUGGCGAUCCCCUAUUGGUUUUGACAAUCAAAUAGACGAUGAAAAUGAAACAAAAGAAUUACUGUUUGCUUUAACUGCUGCAAUACAACUCUAUGAUAAUGCUCAUUAAUUUAAAAGGUAAAUUGACAAAACCAAAAAAGAUCCCUUAUUAGACCUAUAAGAUUUGAACGAUAUUAAUAUAGGGUUAAAAUUUUUUACUAUUCCUUUGCUUGAAGUAUCCUCUAAGCGAUUUACUAAUAGUUCUAAUUGUUCAAGCAAGUUCAUUACCAUGUAUGAAUUUUCAAUAUUCAGAAUCUCCUAAUUGUUUUUAUCCAAUAGCAGUAAUAUAUUUAGAGCCACAGAGCACAAUAAUUACUUAUCUACAGACUAUGAUGUUUCUUUGUUCAGGUUUUCAAUUAAUAAUUAUAGUUUUCACUUUUGAAUUUAUAAGUGCGCUAGUUAUCCUUCAUUGCCUUUAUCACAUAAGACUUGUUCGAAAUAAGUUGAUGCCAUCGUGUGCGCAAAGUGUAUGUAUGGUUUUCUUUCCUUCAUCGUCAAAUCCUUCCCU